AUGCAACAACGCAAUGUUGCAACGUUUGGUUGUCGGAGGUUGUCGGCCACAAGCGGUACGGUGAACAGCUUAUAUGGGACACUGAACUCCAGUCUAGGGGCCCAGCUUCGCCUUCCCACCUACACGCAGAUCAGCCUUCACUCCAAGUCGCAACCAACCAUGUUUCUGAAAGAUUUGAUCCCCAACUCGUUCAUCAUCUAUGCAGUCUUCGGGAUGCCUCUUUUGCCCUCGGUUCAGCUUAUAAAAUUGCAGGAACCUUCUAUUGUGCGAAGACUGCAACCUCAACACAACUGCGAUGUACACUAUAUGGACAACUCAAUAUUUACUGAUGCAAGUAAGCACCAGUUGUGCCCCCCGUACGAAGUAACUCCCCAUCGCAACAUCUUCUGA